GUUUGGCGCGCUUUUGCUUUGACAGAGCCAAAGCACCGGCCACGGCUCAAAUUACGAGCCGUGUGGCAUCGACAGUAGCGACACCAGUCGCCUUGCUCCGGGCGCGCGGCGAGGCAAGCGCGUCUCGCGGCUAGCGCACCUCAAAACACGCCAAGAGCGCAUCCCGCCGCGCACACCAUGUUCUCCUUCCCCUUACUGACGAACGCCGAGAUCUUGGCAUGCCUCGACGAGUUAGAGUUAGGCUUCACGGAGGCCAUGCUCCUAAACCCGGAGAAGCACCGCGACGAGGUGCGCAACGUCUUCGAGCAGCUCGCCGAGCUGUGCUGCGGUUUAUCCCGAGAAGAUGUAGCAAGGCACGCGCGCAUCGACGUGGACAGAUUGCCGUACGCGCAGCUCCACGAGGAGAGCGUCGUGGAAUUAGCUGUUUUCCGAGGCGUCGCGGAUCUGCUGAGGAGAUCCGGCGUGGCCGACUUCGGGCUGCGGGACUGGCACGCGCCCUCCACCAAACGCCUCAAGAAGCAUUUGAGUGGUGUGAUCAAUUUUGCUAAAUUUCGGGAAGACCGAUUGGCGGAGUACGUGCAAUUGUGCCAGCAGCGCGACGCGAUCAUCGAGGACGCUUCAAAUGCGCAGCGGGACGCGCUGGAGGCGCAGGACGAGGUUUCCAAUGUGGAGCGGGAGACCUACGACGCUCGUCAAGAGGUCGCGUCCGCAGAAGACGCCACUGCCGUUUUCGAGACCGACGCCGCGGCGUUUGGUCGGAUUGUUGCGUCCGCCUCCGAGAAACGAGACGAUUUAGUAGAUGCCGCUCGUGUAUUGGCGGAGGACAUCACAAAUUCGUUAGAAGAAGUUAGGUUGCGAGACGAGGAAUGCGCGCGGCUCCGGGACACCGCGCCCGUGCAGACGCCCGAGGAACUCGAAAGUAGGAUCGCGGCCAUGCACCAGGAGUUGGAGGCCAUUGAUUCAGCGCAUGCCGACCACUCUUCCGAAUUGGAGCGGGCCAUGACUGAAGCGAGGCGCUGCGCCGAGGCCGCGCCAUUGAUCCAGCGAUGCGCUUCUGCCGUCGAAGCUGUGGAAGCGGACGUCGCGGCGCAUCGCGCGCGGUUAGCUGAAUUACGGGACGUCGAGAGGCAAGGCGAUGGGGCAAGGGCCGAAAUCAGGCAGCUCGACGACUGUCUCAAAGUGGCCGACGGCAACGCGGACUUGGCGCGGAAACGAGUUGAUGAUUGUGCCGAGCAAGCUAGAUUGCGGGCCGACCGGGACGCGCGCGCGUUAUCGGUCUUGCGGGACGAGCUCCAGCGGUUAGAAAGGGAGGCCGCUCCUAGACAAGCGUUGAGGCGCCACCUCGAAGCUCGAGCGGUAGAAGUGAGGAAGAAUGUACAGGUCGAGGACGUGGCCGAGGACGCGUGGAUCGACGCGUGUGCUGCCGAUUUGGCGGCGGCGCUGCGGGCGACGCACGCGUGCGCGCGCGAGCUGCCGCCGCCGCCGGUCCUCGCGUAGGUGGUACUAAGUUCCGGUGGGG